UCCCUUCAAGUUAACAUCGAAGUUACAAGAGCGUCAAGAACAAUAAGAAUCACCAACUCGAACCAUGUUCGAUCACUUGAUGGCACCACCACCGCUCACCGAUCCUCAUGAACUCAAAGCAUUUGUGGUCGAUGAAGGGCACGGUGUGAAGGGUCUAGCAGAACUAAAGAUCAAAAGCUUACCUGCUUUAUUCAUUCAACCUCUCGAAAAACGGCUCGAUAUGAGCAAAGUGGUGCCGCAUGAGUCGAUCCCAGUGAUCGAUAUGUCGAAUUCUGAAGACCCUGAGGUCGAGCAAAGAAUCUGCGAUGCAGCUGAGAACUGGGGUUUCUUUCAAAUCGUUAACCAUGGCGUGCCUGCUAGCGUACUUGAAGACGUAAAGGAAGCGACGCGUCGGUUUUUUGAUUUGCGGGCUGACGAGAAGAAGAAGUAUUUGUUCAAGAACAGUCGAACGAAAAAUGUUCGACUCGUUACGAGCUUCAUUCCUGAAGUGGACAAAGUUCUGGAGUGGAAAGAUUACCUUAGUUGUUUCUAUGUAUCAGAUGAUGAAGCCAUGGCUUAUUGGCCCUCCGUUUGCAGGGAUCAAGUUCUGGAGUAUAUGAACAAGUCUGAAUCGCUUAUUAAGAGGCUAUUAGAAGUGCUGAUGAAAAGACUGGGCAUAUCGGAGCUUAACGAAACAAACGAGCCGAUUCUCAAGGGGUCGAGACGAAUAAACCUAAACUACUAUCCCGUAUGUCCCAACCCUGAACUGACGGUCGGCGUCGGAGGUCAUUCAGACGUUUCCACGCUAACCGUCCUUCUCCAAGACGAAAUUGGAGGGCUUUACGUUCGAAAACUGCAUAGUGAGAAUUGGGUCCAUGUGCCUCCUAUCAAGGGAUGUUUAACGAUCAACAUCGGUGAUGCUCUUCAAAUCAUGAGCAAUGGUCGAUACAAGAGCAUCGAACAUCAAGUGGUUGCUAACGGGCACGAAAACAGGAUAUCGGUGCCGAUAUUCGUGAACCCUCGGCCUAGCGAUGUGAUCGGGCCGUUGCGGGAAACGAUGAGGAGAGGGGAGAAGGGGUUGUACAAGCAAGUUUUGUAUUCGGAUUAUGUGAAGCAUUUUUACAGGAAAUCCCAUAAUGGGAAGGAUACAAUUGACUUUGCCAAGGCUUAAUUGAUCAUUUUCCUUCUAAAAACGAUAUG